UAUUGUAAUUUUUCAUGCUCAGGAUAUUUUCCCAGGGUCAUCCAAGGUGAACAUUUAUAUGAAGGCUUUCAGGCGUGGACUCACCAUGGCUGAAAAGUUGCUGAAUUGUCGACAGAAGCGUCCCUCCGCCAAGUACGUUCUUGUUUGUUUCCCCUGGGCAGGAGGUGGCUCAAACUGGUAUGGAAGAUGGGCACAGCUACUGCCAGAAACCAUAGAAGUUUGCGCUAUAAGAUUGCCAGGAAGAGAGAACAGAUUUCAAGAGCCAUGUUACAAAGACCCGGAUACUUAUAUCCAAGAUGUCACAGCUGCUGUGUAUAAAUAUGUCUCUGCUCACGGAACAGCACUGGCUAUAUGGGGACACAGCCUGGGAUCUUAUAUGGGAUAUGAGGUGGCUAAACAGCUCCAGGAGAAGCAUGGGCUAGACCCCGUUCAUCUUUUCUUCUCAGGGGCCUCUGCCCCACAUUCAGAGAAACGUAAACUAAACCAGGUAAAGACUGCAGGAAUGAGUGACGAGGAAUUCGUAGAAAAUAUGAGACGUUUGGGAGGAACACCAAGAGAGAUCCUUGAUGACAAAGAAAUGAUGAAACUUUUCCUUCCUUCACUGAGAGCAGACUUCUGCAUAUUGGAGAAUUACUGGAGCAACUAUGACAAGACUCAAGUGAAACCCUUUUCCUGCCCAAUCAGUGUGUUUGAUGGCUCCGAAGACAGGCCUCAUGAUUUAGAAGCUUGGUCAGAUUUGAGCGAUGGACCCUUUCAUAAAAUGAUGCUAAAAGGAGGGCAUUUCUAUCUGACAGAAGAGGCAAAUACCAGGACUAUUACAGAAUACAUUGCAGCCAUUUUGACAUAACAGAAAGUCGUGUUAAUUUUUCCAAAUUGGCCUUAUUAGGGACCAUCCCCAUACCCUAUCAUACCAACAGGAUCGUUCUAUCGUUCUAUCAAGGCGUUUCUCACUAAACAUUUAGCUUAAAUGUGCAUGAAAGUUAAUUACCCCCUAGCAGCUUCAGUGGGCAUGACAGAUAUUUAAGUCGCUAAAUCUGAAUGCAAUUUAACGAGAAUCCAGAGUUAGAUCGAAACUGCUAGUACGAUGGGUUUAUGGGAACCCAGUCUCGGUUUAUCAAAUGAACAAUUAGUGCAA